UAGUUGAAUGAAUUGGUCGAGAUGAACGACACAGCAGUGAACGUAACGUGUCUGCCGGCAGGCCAAUCAGCCGUCUUCAUUUUCCAAGAGAUCCUCUACGCCCUGAUCUGCUUCAUCGGUUUGGUGGGCAACACUCUGGUCAUCUAUGUAGUGCUCAGGUUCUCCAAGAUGCAGACCGUAACGAACAUGUACAUAGUGAAUCUGGCCAUCGCCGAUGAGCUCUUCCUCAUCGGCAUACCGUUCCUCAUCGUGACGAUCGUGAAGAGGUCCUGGAUCUUCGGCGACAUCGCCUGCAAAGCCUACCUAAUCCUCACCAGCCUCAACCAAUUCACAAGCAGUCUCUUCCUCUUCAUCAUGAGCGCAGAUCGGUACAUCGCCGUCUGCCAUCCGAUCUCUUCUCCGAAAUGGAGAACUCCGUUCAUCUCAAGAAUCGUGUCCAUGGCGGCGUGGCUCUGCAGUCUUCUCCUGAUGAUCCCAAUCCUGCUCUUCGCCAAAGAAGUAACUUGGCAUUGCCUAGAUCCCAACAGCGAUGAAAUCAUGGAAUCCAAAUCCUGCAUCAUCGACUGGCAAACUUCAAAGUCUCCGAAAGCCUUCACCCUAUACACGUUCGUCUUCAGCUUCCUGAUUCCUCUUUGCCUGAUCUUGGUUUUCUACUGCUUGGUGCUUCGUAAAUUGAAGACUGUCGGGCCGCAGAACAAAAGCAAGGAGAAGAAGAAGUCGCACAGGAAGGUCACCAAUUUGGUUCUGACUGUUGUGACAGUUUACAUCAUCUGCUGGACUCCUUAUUGGAUACUGCAGAUCACUCUGAUCUUCUCUUCAAACACCGAAUCCGGAUCCUUCGUUCUUACCAUCCAUCUCCUUGCUUCGUGUCUGAAUUACUCCAAUUCCGCGAUGAAUCCCAUACUCUACGCCUUCCUCUCCGAUAACUUCAAGAAGAGCUUCCUCAAAGCCUGCACCUGCGCCGCCGGAAAAGACAUCAACGCUACUCUUCACAUGGAGAACAGCGUGUUUCCGAGAAGGAAUAAGCAGGGGUCGACGAAAUGUCGACAAGCCAGAGGCACCUCGAUAUGUCCUAACAACGAUGACGAGUGUGACCUAGGUCCUUUGGUGAGCAAGGGCGAUCCUUCAACCUCUGCCAUCACCAUGACAACGAUGACAUCUCGCUCCGUCAACAACGAGAAGGAAACGACUCCACCGAAAGACAUGAUCGUUAAGAACGGUCUGGCCAUCACCUUCAGCUCCAACCUGUAAACAAGAACAAAGAAAACCGAUCGACAGAAUAACUAACGAACGUUUUUUUUUAUCAAAUUUAUUUUUAUUAUUGUUAUUUUUUUUAUAUAUAUAUAUAAUUUGAUGUUGUAACAAAACUGUAUAUUGCCGCUUCGACUAGGUUUUUCUUUUCGCACAUUGAUGUAACCAUCAACUGAUUGAAUCGACAGAAUUGACCUGUACAUAAAUAUUAACGUGUCUUGGAACGAAACGAAGAUCUAUUUGGAAGAAAUUUGCAGGGUAAUUAACUUUAAAAAAAAAAAAAUUAUUAAACAAAACAGUAUCUUUAAUAGCUGUGUAUAGACUUAUAAACUUGAUGUUAUGUAAUAUACUAUAUGAUGAUGUAUACUUAAGAAGUUAAGUAGAUUUUGAUGUGAGAUGCGACUGGUGUUGGAGAGAUCGGCGAGUUUCCAUCAACUGAGCCCUUUUGGAAACUCCACCCAUCUCUCAUUUAAUUAACAUCAAUAUCUCUCUCUUUCUCUCUCUCUCUUUAUAUAUUUGUAUAUCUCUCAGCAGGUUCUAUCCUUUAUUGUAUAUAGUAUAUAAUUAUAUAAUGUGUACAAGAGUUAUAAGUAACGAUCAAUACGUAUCGCCUUUCUCCCUCCUCGUUUCAUCCAUCGUUUCCUACGUUUCUUCCUUUUUGAUUAUGUAGAUAUGAACUGUGAUAUUAACAUUUAUAAUUACCAUUGAACAAAUAAUUAUAUAAACUUUAAUAUGUAUAUAAUCACGAUUUUAUGUCUAACGUAGCGGAUAUAUAAUUAAUUAA